GUGUCUUCCCCGGAAAUCAACAACAUCCACAAUUCCUGGCUGCAAGAAUCACAAUGUCCUACUACUUCACCAUCCUCUCGCCCACCGACGUCCCCCUCUUCAACAUCGCCUUCGGCACCUCCAAAUCCGGCGGCGAUGGCAUCGCCCGCUUCCGCUUCCCGGACACCGCCCAGUACAUGAACCAGUUCAUCAUCCACUCGAGCUUGGAUAUGGUCGAGGAGGCGCAGUGGAUGAACGGGAAUAUGUACCUCAAACACAUCGACACCUACCCGCCGGCCUCAGCCUACAUCUCCGCCUUCCUCACCCCAUCCGGCGCCCGCUUCCUGCUGCUGCACCAGCCGCCCCACGCCGCGGGCCCGAAUGCGAACGCCGGCGGUGGUGGUGGUGGUGGUGGUGGCAUCGGGGGCAGCUCGUCGAUCCUGGGCGGCUCGUUCGCGGCGGGCUCGUCGGCGGCGCGCGCCUCGGCCAGCUCCAUCGCCGCCAACCCCACCAGCCCCCAGACCGAGGAGGCCGUGCGCCAGUUCAUGGCCGAGGUCUAUGAGAACUACGUCAAGACGGUCAUGAAUCCGUUCUAUCGGCAGGGGAUGGAGAUCCGGAGUGCUGUGUUUCGGUCCAGGGUUACGGCGGCGGGGCGGAAGUGGUUGUAAUCUGUUCGCGGUUGUUCAGGGGGGCCGCCGGGGGUUGGUUUGAGAGUGAUAGUGGUGGAGGGAUUAGAUGUGUUGGUUGGUGUUGGCGUUAGGUUUUGUGGUUUUUCUGCUUCUGAUGAUACCAGGGCUUAUUUGCCAU